GGGGAAAAUGGGGUCGAGAGUUCUGACAGUGGCACAAGAUGGGAGUGGUGAUUUCAAGACGGUGCAGGAGGCCAUUGGUGCUGUUCCUUUGGGCAAUACUUGUCGAACUGUGAUUCGGGUGUCUCCCGGUGUAUACAAGCAGCCGGUGUACAUACCCAAGACCAAGAACUUCAUUACUCUCGCCGGUUUCCGUCCUGAAAUUACUGUGCUCACCUGGCACAACACUGCCUCCUCUAUUUCACACCAUGAGGGAUCACGAGUUAUCGGAACAGGGACGUUUGGAUGUGGAAGUACCAUUGUGGAAGGAGAGGACUUUAUUGCUGAGAAUAUCACCUUUGAGAAUUCUGCUCCUAAAUCCUUGCUUUCCCUUGUAGGGCUCUGGUCAAGCUGUGGCACUUCGAGUGACUGCCGAUCGCUGUGCAUUUUACAAUUGCAGAUUCCUUGGCUGGCAGGACACACUGUAUCUGCAUUAUGGGAAGCAAUAUUUGAAGGAUUGCUAUAUUGAAGGAAGCGUGGACUUCAUUUUUGGUAAUAGCACAGCUCUUUUGGAGCAUUGUCAUAUUCACUGCAAAUCAGCUGGAUUUAUAACUGCACAAAGCCGAAAAUCUUCCCAAGAGACAACUGGCUAUAUAUUCUUAAGGUGUGUCAUUACUGGCAAUGGCGAGACAGCAUACACAUGUCUUGGAAGACCGUGGGGACCUUUUGGGAGGGUUGUAUAUGCAUACACUUAUAUGGAUGCUUGCAUUAAGCAUUGUGGCUGGGAUAACUGGGGCAAGACAGAAAAUGAAAGAUGUGCUUGCUUUUACGAGUACAGGUGUUUUGGGCCAGGUAGUUGCUCCUCCAAACGUGUCACAUGGGCUAGGGAUCUCUUGGAAGAAGAAGCUGAACAGUUCAUAAUGCAUAGUUUUAUCGAUCCAGAUCCAGAAAGGCCUUGGCUGGCUCAAAGAAUGGCUCUACGGAUACCCUACUCUGCUUAGGACAAUGUAAGAAGCUGGCUGACUCAGAAACGAAGAUAUAUGGUUUGUAAGCAGAAAAAAGACUACCUCGCCCUACUCAAUAAAUUGUUAGUUUGCCGUUUCAACCUCUUCGGUGAUUACAACUUCAGGUUACACGGAAAUGUACUAGAUCAUUUGCAUUUGCGACCAGACCAGAUAUCUACUCUUAUGCUUUUGGUGCUUUUUAACUACUUUAUGGUUAUGUGCCUCUGUCGUACUUAAUUUCUGUGGUAUUAACUGCUAAGAUAUUUGUAUGUAUUUGAUCUUGCUUUUCUAGUGUAAUGCAUAAUGCUGAUGUAGUUCUCUUUCUUUUUUCUUUUUUUUUUUUCUGGGAGGUAGAAGCUUUUUUUAUCAUGCGUCUCGUUAAUGACAGCAGACUGCAUGAGUAAUGAUUUAGAGCCGGCUCGAUGGCUCUGCCUUGUGGAUGGUUGCGAGAAUGCAAUUUCUGCUCUUGUGUUUGAUUUAUGUUUGUUAGUGCAGGACCACCACUCUCGUGAGAAUAAAAGUGUGACUUGAGAGGGAAAGAAAGAUACGAGGGUAGCGUGGGCCUGAAACUCAUAUCCCAAAUUGAGGGGCAAUAAAUCUCAAUUAGUCUUAGGGUGCGUUUGGUAUCCCAUAGAAUUGGGGUUUAGAAUUGGAAUUGGAACCCCAAUUCUAAUUCUUGUGUUUGGACGCUGCAUUUUCCAUAGAAUCAGCAUUGAAUUCUAAUUCCAAGAGGUUCCAAUUCCACAAUCUUAAUUCUUUGCGGACCAAAAGAAUUCUAAUUCCAAUUCCACAGCUGAAUUCCUAAUCGGGUCGACACGUGGGUCUUCUUCUGGUAAAAACUCAAAAAUGGGUCAACAACAAAACGGAUGGAAAAAACACAAAUCUCUCUCCUUCCCUUUGAAUUAUCGAUGGCCAUAUCAGAAGCUCUGAUGGAGCAUUCUUCGUCGUCGCCGCCGCCGCCUCCUCCUCCAAUUACGCUGAGAUAGAGGCACUUUUGCUGCCGCCUCCACCCCUCCAUGCCCCACUCCCUGCCUUUUGCACAACUCAAGUUGAAAUUUUGGGGUUCCAAUUAGUUUCUAUCAGUCUUCAUUGAUAAAUCUCAAGGCCCUGCCGCCAUUGAUUACCAAAUUUGGAUAUUGACAUGGAUAAAGAAGGAGACGAGCAAAAAGCAAAAAAGAGAAAAGUGGUAGUUGCAAAUUAUAUGGUAACAAUAGCUACAUUAGUAGUUUGGUGGCAUGAGAAACAUAUAGUAAAGGAGCCUUACUUGGACUUUAAAGUAGCACGUGAAAUAUAUCUAAGGCGUCUUUAUUAUGGAAACAAUAGAGUUUGUGUAGAGCAACUUAGACUCAAUAAACAUUGUUUUACUGUUUUAUGUACAAAUUUAAGAGAGCAUUGUGGGUUGAGGGAUACUAGAAAUAUUACUGUUGAAGAAGCAGUUGCAAUGUUUCUCUAUGUUCUUGCUCAUAACUUUAAGAAUCGCACUGUCAAUUUUAAUUUCAUAAGAUCAGGUGAGACAGUUAGUCGAUACUUUAAUAUAGUUCUAUGUGCUAUCAUAAAAUUGGGGAGACACUAUCUUAUCCAGCCUGAAACGGAAAUGGAAGGUUACGAGCAUGAAAAGUGGGAAUGGUUUCAGGAUUGUCUUGGAGCGUUAGACGGUACUUAUGUUAAAGUACAUGUUCUUCUUAGAGAUCAAGGAAGAUAUAGGAAUAGGAAGAAUGAGAUAGCAACAAAUGUUUUAGGUGUAUGCUCCCGUGACAUGAGAUUUACAUAUGUAUUGCCUGGAUGGGAAGGUUCUGCAGCAGAUAGUAGAGUUCUACGGGAUGCGUUAGUUAGAUCAGAUCCAUUAAUUGUUCCCAAGGGCAAGUACUUUCUUGUUGAUGCGGGUUAUGCAAAUAGCUCCGGUUUCUUAGCUCCAUAUAGGGGAGUUAGAUAUCAUCUUAGCGAGUGGUCUGCUAGUGGGAGGAAGCCUCAAAAUUUUAAAGAGUUAUUCAACCUUCGACAUUCAAUUGCUCGAAAUGUGAUUGAAAGGACAUUUGGUUUGUUCAAGAAGCGGUGGGCCAUUUUGAGAGAUGCAUCUUUUUUUGAUGUUAAGACUCAUGUCAUGAUAAUUAAUGCAUGUGCCAUCCUUCAUAAUCUUAUUCGAGUAGAACAACCAAAUGACCCUUACUUGGAUGAAGUUGAUGCUGAGAUGCGAAGAGUACAACAUGAGGUUGAUGAUGAAGAUGAAAUGGAAGAUGAAGAUGAAGAAAAUGGAAUGGAAGAUGAUGGUCCAAAUAAUGAUGGUUGUGUAAAUGCUGUUAACGAGAAUCGAAUUCGAACAGUACAACCAACUAGCGAGUGGACACAAUUUAGGAAUGCUUUAGCACGAGCAAUGUUUAUUGACUAUCAAAUUAGACAAGGCCAUCAUGGAAGUUGAAAUGCUUUUCUUUCUCUUUUUUUUUUUUUGGCUAAAAACACUUUGUUUGCGUAUUCAUGUAUUGAAAUUUCUUGUAAGGUACAAAACUCAAAUAUUUAUAAUAGGUACAAGUUAUGACUUUCCUCCCAA